AUGUCCUACAUGGAUUCCAACGAGAAGGCGGCGCCUUCGCCAGAAGUCGACUCUCAAACGCACUCGAUGGAUCACGUCAACGWUGAGUCCGCCGGCCCAGCACCGACAGGCUGGAUGUACAAGAGCCGCAAGGUUGCCGGCAUCACGCUCCCAUACUACGCCUCGCCCAAGGCACAGCUGCUCUUGGUGUCGUUCGUGUGCUUCCUCUGCCCCGGAAUGUUCAAUGCCGUCAAUGGCCUCGGUGGUGGAGGUCAGCUCGACCCCAAGCCCAGCAACGAUUCCAACACCGCUCUUUACAGCACUUUUGCUGUUGUCGGAUUCUUCGCCGGCACCAUCACAAACAAGCUGGGUAUUCGCUGGACUCUCUCUCUCGGUGGUCUAGGCUACAGUGUCUACAUCUCUGCCUACCUCUGCUACAACUACACCCAGAACUUUGGCUACAUCAUCUUCGCCGGCGCCCUCCUCGGUGUAUGCGCUGGUAUGUUGUGGUCUGCSCAGGGUGUCAUUAUCCUGUCGUAUCCCACCGAGCAAGAGAAGGGUCGCUUCAUCUCCUGGUUUUGGAUGAUCUUCAACUUGGGUGGUGUUAUUGGCAGUCUGGUGCCUCUCGGCCAGAACAUCCACCAGACCACCAACGGUACCGUCUCAAACGGAACGUACAUUGGAUUCCUGAUUCUCACCUUCAUUGGAGGCAUGCUUUCAUGGUGUCUCGUUGAUGCGAAGAAGGUCGUUCGCAGCGACGGUACUCKCGUCAUCCUGAUGAAGAAUCCAACAUGGAAGACAGAACUUCUCGGACUCUGGGAGACUUUGCGCUCUGAUCCAUACGUCAUCCUUCUCUUCCCAAUGUUCUUGGCCUCCAACUGGUUCACGACCUACCAGUUCAACGACGUCAACCUACCCCAAUUCAACCUGCGGACUCGCUCGCUCAACAGUGUUCUCUACUGGACCGCGCAGAUCCUCGGCGCCGUCACUGCUGGAAACCUGCUCGAUCUCAAGGGCGUGAGGCGCACAACACGUGCAAAGGGUGCCUGGGUGGGCCUGAUGUUGCUCACCAUGGCGGUCUGGGGUGGUGGCUACGCUUUCCAGCUCAAGUACGACCGUGUCAACAACGACGACAUCGACUGGACGGACAAACGCUACAUUGGACCAAUGUUCCUGUACAUUUUCUAUGGCUUCUACGAUGCCAUCUGGCAGGUGACUGUUUACUGGUUCAUGGGCGCCAUCACCAACAGUGGUCGCAAGCUCGCCAACUUUGCGGGAUUCUACAAGGGCAUCCAAUCGGCUGGUGCGGCCAUCACCUGGGGUCUUGAUCGUCGGGAAAUUCCAUACAUGAACAUGCUUGCUUCAUGCUGGGGCCUCCUCGCCGGCAGCUUGGUCAUCGCCCUGCCUGUGAUGAUUUGGCAGAUCAAAGACACUGUCCCAAUCGAGGACGACCUGAAGGACACGGACGAGACUCUCGCCGACGUGGUGGGCGCGAAGCCGGAAGGACGCGAAUCUUCACUCGCGGAGAAGGUUUAG